AGGAGAAGCUAUAUCCUGCUUCCUUCUGUAAGCAGCAUCUACUUGUGCAAGAGAUCAGCGAUGCAGCCGCCGCCCCAGGCGGUCCCAUCCAGCCUGUCAGGACCACCUCCGGCUGGGAGUACUCGGAGUGUGUUCUGGGAUAGCAGCCCUUAUAGGAGACGGACCAAUAAUAAUGCACCAGUGGCUCCCAUAACUUGUCCAUUGCAGCCUGUAACGGAUCCGUUUGCUUUUAGUAGACAGGCGCUCCAAAGUACAACACUGGGCAGUCUGUCCAAAAGCAGCCCACCCAUUUUGCCAGGCCCGGACCCCCCAGGGUUUUCUCAGCACCCUGGUUUUCCUGUGCCUCAUACAAAUGCUGGGGGUAGUUCCCAAGAACCCUGCGAGUCUCUGCCAGGACCUCUGUUGCAGCCCAGAGCAGAUGCUAGUCCGUUUUCUGGUGCUUUGACCCCUUCAGCACUGCCUGGGCCUGAGAUGAACAGGAGUACAGAGGUCAGGCCCAGCUCAGAGCCUGAAGCUCAGACUCUGCCGUGUCCACCUCACUGCAUUCCAGGAGUGGGUCCUGACAAGUCUCCUGGGGGCCAUCCACAUGGGAACAUACCUGGACCUGACCGACUGCUUAGUAAGCAAAACCUGCAUGAUGGUGUAGUGGCCCCAGCAGCAUCCUCUUUCUUCCCCCAGCCUCGUCAACAGAUGCCAGGUCCGUGGGGGCCAGUGCAGGGAGACCCCCAGCCCUCAGGUCAGCGUCUCUCACCCUGCCCAGAAAGACCUGUUCAAAACGCAGUGCCCUGUGCCACCAGCGUUCCCAAUUUCUCCCCUCCGCCCAACGCACAUCAAGGCCUUGGCCAUGAGCAACACCACCCACUAGUGUCUUUCCCAGUACCUUUGGUUGAAGAUGGGAGAGAUGAGGCGGCCUACCUGCAAAGUGGAAACCACUCGACAACUAAUUUUGAUCCUGAAAGUGCAUUCAGGCAAAAUUGCAGAGUUGGGAAUACUUGGGCAAGCCGGGAGUUCAGGCAGAAUCCAGGAGUAAAUAAAGAACAUUGGCCAGACCCUACUCUUGUGAAUCCCAUCACUCAGGGAAAGAGCCCAGAAGACCAUGUGCACUGUCCCCCGGGGGCAGGGGUGAGCCAGUCCCUGCCAGAAGCAGACUCUGGAGCUCUCUCGAUGUUUUUCCAAGGGGGAGAGGCAGAAAAUGAGGAGAAUCUCCCAUCUGAAAGAGCAGGCUCUGCUGACAAAUUGGACACUGAGGGUUUCUUGGCCAGUCCGGGAUUGGGCCAUCCGCCCCCACCUGCUCACGUGGGAGCAGGUGGUGUCUACCAGGCCUUUCUCACAGGCUCCUGCAGUGAGGCCGCACGGCUAGGAGGAGACGCACAGCCUUAUUUUUCCCAGUCUGCAGGCAUCUGGCACGACAAACACACCACUGACAACGCUGCUAGUGACAUGUGGGCUGACGCAGCCAGCGCAGGGACUCACAGUGGUAGCGUCUCACAGUAUGAGAAUGUCGAGAACUUAGAAUUUGUUCAGAAUCAAGAAGUUCUGCCAAGCGAGCCCCUAAGUGUGGGCCCUUCCACUCUGAGCGAUCAGUUCAGAUAUGGGCCCCUUUCUGGGCCAGCUGUCCCCAAGCAUGGUGUGGGCCACGCUGGAGCUGGGGGGCUGAAUCUCGAGGCUCCUGACACGAUGCUGCAUCCUGUGCGAUCUGAUAGUGUGUCAUCCAGCUAUAGCAGCAAAAGCCACAGGAGUCUUUCAGGUUCAACCAGGCCCCAAGAACUGAUUGGCACAUUUAUUCAGCAAGAAGUUGGAAAACCUGAAGACGAAGCUUCAAGUAGUUUUUUUAAGCAAAUCGAUUCUUCUCCUGUAGGAGGUGAGACAGAUGAGACCACUGGGAGCCAGAAUUACUGCAGCAGCCUGUCCUCUACCCCAAGCCCCCCAAAACCUACGGGAGUAUUUCAGACAAGUGCAAAUAGUUCUUUUGAGCCGGUAAAAUCCCACUUAGUUGGGGUAAAACCAAUUGAGGCAGAUCGUGCCAACUUGGUGGGCGAAGUGAGGGGGACCCAUGCCCGCCAGAAGAAGCGCAGACCAGCCGCUGCACCACCCGAUGCCUCCCCGGGCAACCUGGAGCAGCCACCAGACAACAUGGAAACCCUUUCUGCACCCCAGGUGUGUCCUCUGCCUCUUACUGCCACUUCGGAAGCUGGGCCCAUGCUGCUGCCUGCUGGGGGGCCCCCAUUGCCUGCUGUGCUUCCAGCACCUGAGAGGAGGGCCCCAGCCAGGGCUCAGGGCGCCAUGCAGUGUGAGAGCCCGGCAACGACUUUAUGGGCACAGAAUGAGCUGCCAGAUUUUGGAGGCAACAUCCUUCUAGCGCCAGCUGCUCCUGCACUUUAUGCACCUGUGAAACCUCAGCCGUCUGGAGUUGUUCAGCCUCUAGAAGAGGGGGCGUCUGGGCAGCAGUCACGGAAGCCAGGUGCUGGCCCAUCCCUGCAGAACCCAGAAGGCCUUGAUGCUUCCGAGAACCUUGAGAAUCCUCCCAAAAUGGGAGAAGAGGAGGCCCUCCAGUCGCAGGCAAGUUCUGGUUAUGCAAGUUUAUUGUCCUCACCACCCACUGAGUCUCUGCAGAGUCAGCCAGUCUUGAUUGCCCAGCCUGAUCAAAGCUAUAAUUUGGCUCAGCCUGUUGAUUUUUCUGAAUCGAAUCCUAAUGAGAAGAAUCAGUCCUGGAUAGAUGCUUCGGAGGGGGAAAAAUCCACAAUAAGCAGUCGAGCUCUCGGUGGUGAUUCUGGAGAAAACACUCCUUUGUGUGGGAUUCCAACCAGCUCUGUCAUUAGCUUAUCUCUGCCUAAUAGUCUUACCCAAAGUAAUUUUCCACAAGGUUCUGGUACUUCUGAAAUGGUUUCUAGUCAGCCUGCCAACUUGCUGGUUCAACCACCAUUCCAUCCAGUUCCAAAGAACUUGGUUCCAGAAAGUCAAAAGAAUCAUAAUGCAGAAAACAUUCGUCCUGAGUUUAAUAGCACUGCUGGAAGCACAAGUGUGAUGUUAGUUCCACCUGCAAACAAUGCCUUGGUUCUUAAUAAUAAGGCAAAUCACUCCAGUCCUCGGGAAGAAACUUUUGGAGCCCUAGACUUCUCAUUAAAUAGAGCUUUGGAAAAUCCUGCAAGAAUGUAUAGCCCAUCUCAUUCUGAUGGCCCAGUUUCUCAGCAAACCAUAGCCGGUCAUCCCAGACAGGCUGGCCCCGGGGUGCAAAACCCAAACCAUUUCUAUCAGCAAGUGACGAAAGAUGCACAGGACCAGCGUGGCAUAGAUGGAGCCCAGCUGGAGCUGGUGCCCCCUCAGCCACAGACUUCUUCCCCACAUGCGCCCAGAGCAGUGUUUUCAGAACUUCCAAAUCCAGAAAGUCCACCAGCACAGGGACAGUCCCAAAAUUCAGCCCAGCCACCAGCAAGUCUGGCUCUGGCUGACACAGGUCAGCAGCCUCUGCCUCGGCCCCCCCAGGCCUCCAGUGCGUCUGCAGCAUCCACCGGUUCAAGCCAGGUGGCUGUGGCAGAACAGCCAUGGCUGCAUCCGACUGUUCCAUUUGGCCCCCCGCCCCAGGACCUGGCGUCCUACUACUGCUACAGACCCCUGUACAAUGCCUACCAGACUCAGUACCCCUCAGUGUACCCAUCGGAUCCUGGCACGGCCUCCCUCUAUUACCAGGACACCUACGGCCUGUAUGAACCUCGGUACAGGCCCUACGACAGCGCAGCGUCCGCUUACGCCGAGAGCUACUGCUACCCUGAGCCCGAGCGGCCCAGCUCCCGAGCAAGCCACUGCUCAGACCAGCCACAUCCCAGGCCAGGGUAUCCUGAAGGGUACUGUAAUUCCAGAAGUGGAUGGAGCAGUCAGAGUGACCACUAUGCGAGUUACUACUCCAGCCAGGGAGACUACAGAGAUGCAGGUUGCUGGGAUCGUUACCACUACGGUUCUAGAUUCAGGGAUCCCCGAGCCUAUGACCGGAGAUAUUGGUAUGAUGCAGAAUAUGAUUCAUAUAGGAAAGAAAACCAAGCCUACGGUGACAGGCCUGAGAAAUGUGACGACCCCUGGAUGUACGAUCCUCGCUUUACGGGCAGUUUUGACGAUGACCCUGAGCCCCACAGAGACCCUUACGGGGAGGAGGCAGACCGGCACAGUGUGCACAGCGAGCACUCUGCACGGAGCCUGCGCAGCAGCCGCAGCAGCCUCAGCGCCCGCUCGCGACAGAGCCAGAUUUACAGAAGUCACAAUUUGACUGCCGGUUCCUAUGAGGCCCCGCCUCCACCAGGCUCCUUUCAGGGUGACUAUGCCUGUGGCACCUAUGGCAGCCAUUUCAACAGUGCCCAGGGCUUCCCAGAGUACAGCUACACUGCAGACACCGCCUGGCCUACUGGGGAGCAAGUUCCAUCAAGACCAAAUUCUCCUGAAAAAUUUUCGGUGCCUCAUGUCUGUGCCCGGUUUGGUCCCGGCGGUCAGCUCAUUAAAGUGGUUCCAAAUCUGCCUUCGGAAGGCCAGCCUGCACUGGUUGAGAUCCACAGCAUGGAGACCUUGCUGCAGCACACGCCCGAGCAGGAGGAGAUGCGGUUGUUCCCGGGACCUCUCGGCAAAGAUGACACCCAUAAAGUGGAUGUUAUUAAUUUUGCACAGAACAAAGCUACAAAAUGUUUGCAGAACGAAAAUUUAAUUGACAAAGAGUCUGCAAGUCUUCUUUGGAAUUUUAUUGUUCUGUUAUGCAGACAGAAUGGGACCGUGGUGGGGACAGACAUUGCCGAGCUUUUGUUACGAGACCACAAAACAGUCUGGCUUCCCGGGAAGUCUCCCAAUGAGGCAAACCUAAUCGACUUCACCAAUGAGGCCGUGGAGCACGUGGAAGAGGAGCAAUCUGGGGAGGCCCAGCUCUCGUUUCUCACUGACAGUCCAACAGCCACGACUAACAAGCUCGAGAAAGAAACCGAGAGGUUCCGAGAGCUGCUGCUUUAUGGCCGUAAAAAGGAUGCUUUAGAGUCUGCAAUGAAAAAUGGUUUAUGGGGUCACGCUCUGCUGCUUGCAAGUAAGAUGGACAGCCGGACGCAUGCUCGAGUCAUGACCAGGUUUGCCAACAGUCUUCCAAUCAAUGACCCUCUGCAGACAGUUUACCAGCUCAUGUCCGGGCGAAUGCCUGCUGCAUCCACGUGCUGUGGAGAUGAGAAGUGGGGCGACUGGAGGCCGCACCUUGCCAUGGUUCUGUCCAACCUGAGCCACAGUGUGGAUGUAGAGGCCAGGGCGAUGGUUACGAUGGGCGACACGCUCGCUUCAAAGGGUCUCUUGGAGGCUGCACACUUUUGCUACCUGAUGGCCCAGGUUGGAUUUGGGGUUUAUACAAAGAAAACUGCAAAACUUGUCUUAAUUGGAUCAAAUCACAGUUUGCCAUUUUUAAAGUUUGCAACCAACGAAGCCAUUCAGAGAACGGAAGCCUAUGAGUAUGCUCAGUCCCUGGGGGCCCACACCUGCUCUUUGCCUGGUUUCCUGGUUUUUAAAUUCAUCUACUCUUGCCGCCUGGCUGAAAUGGGGCUGGCCACGCAGGCCUUCCACUACUGCGAAGUGAUUGCUAAGAGCAUCCUGACGCAGCCCACCCAGUGCUCCCCAGUGCUGAUCGGUCAGCUGAUUCAGGUAGCUUCUCAGUUGCGGCUCUUUGAUUCUCAGCUGAAAGAGAAGCCAGAAGAGGAGUCCUUGGUGGAGCCUUCCUGGUUGACUCACCUGCGCCAGGUGGAGAAGCAGAUCAAGGAUGGAGCCUUCCCCCAGCAGUGUCCCAGCACGCCGUGCUCUGAGGUGGAGCAGUCAGACGGUCCAGGACCUGGUCAGCCCGUUGCUCUGGGGACAGACAACCCACUGCUGGCGCUGCCCGUGCCAAGCCCUGAGAUUUUGAGCCAGGGUGUGCGGCUACUGCCAUCAGCUCCGCAGACGCUCCCCGACAGCCAGCUGGCCAGCUUUGUCAGUGUGCCGACGUUCCCAGUGCUGCCACCCCCAGGUCCCCUGGAGCCGGGUCCUGUCUAUGGAUCCCCAGGUUCUGUACUUGGCUACCCAGAGCCCCCCGGGCCUGAUCCUGCAGCUCUGUACCCAGGGCCUGGCCUACCACCUGCUGCACCAGGUCUCCAGGAACACGGACACCUGCGGCAGGAGUACAGGGGCCAGGACACAGGAGUAAUGCCACAGGGGUCACCUGUUAGGAACUUGCUUCCUGAGCUAAGCGAAGAGGAUUUUGGUGGAAAAUUUGCAAAUCUGGACUCCUCGAGGAUGGUGCAGGACUCUGAGAGCCCCCCAGGGUGGGAUUGUGCUGACCCGGGUUUGAUGCAGCCUCCUCCGUCUCUGCCACCCGCUCCUGAAACGAAGAGCCCCACAGUAGCAGUCAAGCAAGAGGCAAAGAAGAGUGAAUCGUGGUUCUCUCGUUGGCUGUCUGGGAAAAGGAGGACGGAAGCCUACCUGCCAGAUGACAAGGACAAGUCGAUUGUUUGGGAUGAGAAGAAGAACCAGUGGGUGAAUCUAAAUGAGCCGGAAGAGGAGAAGAAGGCACCACCCCCACCUCCAAUGUCGCUUCCCAAGGCCCCGCAAGCUGCUCCCCCCGGCCCUACGGGGCCUCCCAGAUCCUCCGUGAACAUGUUUUCUAGAAAAGCAGCUGGAACCAGAGCUCGCUACGUUGACAUCUUAAAUCCAAGUGGGACCCAGCGGAGUGAACCGGCUCUUGCUCCUGCAGAUUUUUUUGCUCCACUGGCCCAGCUCCCAAUUCCUUCUAACUUGUUCAUACCGAACCCAGAGGCAGAAGAGCUACAGUUUGCAGACGGGGCUGGCAGGGAAGGGCAGGCACCAGCUGGGGGUCAUGCCAACCCAGAGCCCGCCCUGGAACCCAAGGUUUUAAAUUCUCCAGUGUUGCCUCCUGGUUCUGAACUCCCACCCUCCAAACCAGAAGGCUCCCAGGGAGGAGAGCUUUCGCGCUGUAGUUCAAUGAGUUCGUUGUCACGUGAAGUAAGCCAUCACUUUAAUCAGGCUCCUGGCAGCCACCCCCCUGCAGGGGGGGCCCCCGGGGCAGCUGUGCCCUUCUACAGCCCUGCGCAGUUGGCACAGGCCUCCACCACUUCGGGGAGCUCGAGGCCAGGGAGGAUUGGCCAGAGGAAGUACCCAGCAUUGAAUUAGAAUCAUCUCUAUUUUGGAUUCACAUUUGGACUCUUGAAAUUACUGCUUUCCACCAAGAACCCAGAUUGACUGCCCAUGAUCUCUGUCCUGUCCGCACAGGGACACAGCAGGAACUCAGAGCCAUGCACACUCUGCCACUCCCUCCCUAACACCUACCCUCAUGAAUUAUUGUGAAAAGUAAUUCCACAGUUCCUUUCAGAUGCUGGAUGGAAAGAGUGAAUCUUUGACUCAAAAUCUUCCACCUAGAAGGAUGAUGCUACUUUCUUAGUCAUUGAAGAUGACUGAAGGAUGUAAUACUCUCAGUCAUCAAAGAAUAUUCCAUUAAAUGAAGCUGAAAAUGUCUGCUACGGGAGGGCAAUGCUUGUCAGUAACUAGGGCUUCUCUCAAAACCCAACUGUGAACUAUUGCCUAAUUAAUCCUGUCGCUCCUUUAAGAUGUUGAGAGAAAAGAGUGGAUGUUUGAGCUGAGAGGCCUCAACACUGGCUCUGCAGCCAGGGGCAGCCGUGCCCUUGCCCUGUUGAGCCUGGGUGGGGGAUUGAAGGAGGUUCCAUCUCAGUCUUACAAGAACAGGGAUUACGGGGCAAUAGUUCACAUGGUUUUGAGAGAGGCCCUCAUUGUUGAAGCGCAGUCCUCUCCUGUAGCAAAGACAUUUCUAGCCUCACUUUCUAGCCUGAUUUUCCUGCACCGAGUGACAGGUACUGCCCAUCUCGAGGUAUGGCUCAGUGCCUAGGAAGGAGCCUCAGAGCUAAUAUUGUGGUGACUUGUCCAGAUUAAUCAAGCAGUGUGGAGACUGUGGCUGUAAUAAAUUUGAUUUGGGUUUUAUUUUGCGGUGAGUAGUCUGGCCAGCCUCGUGCCCAGUGCCGCACUUUUUCAUGAGCUGUUUUCACAGUGUGACGUGCUGAUGAUGGGCUUCCUUUCACCCAUGUGACGUCGUGUGAGCAGUGGAAACAUCUUGAAGAGGGUGGCUUCAAAUAAUUUCUGGACAGCAGCUCUGGAACUUAGUAUUUCUGCCCCUGAAUUUUUCCUCCACGAUCUUCAGUAGCUAAUAUGCUGACUCAGCCACACCCAACCGCAAAGGAAGGCCUCUCCUGACCCAAAGCUUCAAGGCUCCAUCACCUGUUCUUACGACUGUUCAUAUUCUUGCUAAGUCUAAAGAAACUGAAGAAAAAAGAUUUAAAUAUUUAUAAAAUCAGUAGGUAAUAAUUUCGGUAAGUUCUGCUGGAGGAAUGUAAGCUGUUUGGUGUUUUAAAUUUAAGUGUAGAAAUUGUAGAAUUAGCACAGGUCCUCCCUGGGUUUCUUGUUCACACGAUCACGUAGGAAAAACCCCAGAAAGUUUCACAGAUGUGCAUGGCUGGACCAUUUGUUCUUGUCACUUUGAGAAAGGCCUGUUCCUGUGGACGGGGUGCUCUGUGUCCUUUGUCAGCUCAGCGUGAUUCCUGGGCCCGAGACCCCCGGCUCCCUCCAGCCUGCUCACCCUUCUCAGUGUCGACUGCCAACGACUUUUGAUUCAAGAAGCUUCCUAGAGGCGGGAGCUGCUAUUUUUCCUAACUGCAAAUUGUUACACUGCAAAUUGUUGAAUAAAGUAUUUUGCGCUCUCAAGCA